UUGUUCCGUGGGCCACACAUGGGCUGACCGGACUGAUGCUUAGGCCCUCUCGAUCUCGCACCCUUCUAGCUCACUUCCACCUCCACCUCCACCUCUCCAUCUCUCUCGCAGUCGCACGCACCUACGCACGCCGCUGCCGUCUCCGCCUCAGCGAUGGGCCUCUUCGACGCGUUCUACCGCGUGGUGAUGCGCCGCAACGCCGUCUACGUCACCUUCGUCGUCGCCGGCGCGUUCGCUGGCGAGCGGGCGGUCGAUUACGGAGUACACAAGCUCUGGGAGAUGAACAACAUUGGAAAAAGGUAUGAAGAUAUACCAGUUUUGGGGCAAAGGCCAGCCGAAGAAUGAGAACAUUGGACCUCAGACUUCCCAGGAUCUUGCUUUGCGUGAAAUUAGACACCAUUUAAGCUCUGGUUUUAUCAUUUACUUUUGACACAAUAAGCAAUGUAAAACACCUAACUCCAUUUGUGAGAGUUUCUACCCAUUCAUUUACUCGAGCAUGCUAUGGGAAUUCCGUGGUGCAUUGCUAAAAACUGUUACCCAGCCACAGCCAGGGACUGAUAUGUUUGGUUGGUCCCUCUGGAAUCAGUUUAAAACUGUCGAAAACUCGCAUGCCUCUGAAUGGGAAAUGUUUUGUUAUCUA